UCGUUGAUAAGUUAUUUUCCACUGUAGACAAAACUCAACAGCUGAUGAUCCAUACACUUUAUAAGAAUAGGUAAAAAAUGGAAAUAACACCCACUUCAGUCCCAGAAAGGAAUUCUGACCGAUAGAGUGGCAUUUUGCAAGGGCCAACACAACCACAAAGAAGUAUACAAGAAAGAAUGCAAAAAUUGAGGUCAUUGAAGCUGCUGAUAAUUGUAUAGCACCACCCAGUGACUUACCAGCUCCAGUCGGCAAAAUGGCAGGCAAUGUAGAGACAGAAGAGCUUUCAUUUGAUGCACAGCAAAUUAAUCCAAUAAUAGACACCCAUAAGUGCAAAUACUGUGACAAAUCUUUCAGUUUGAAAAGUGACCUGGACAGGCAUGAAGUAAGCUCUCAUGGUGAAAAAACUCAGCAGGGAGAUCUUGUGAAACCAUAUCAAUGCAAAUACUGUGAUCAGAGAUUUGUUUUGAAAAAAGAUCGAGAAAAACAUGAAAAAUCCCAUGAGGGAGAUAUGGAGAAGCAAUAUAAAUGCAAAUAUUGCAGCAAAUCAUUCAUUUCCAAAAGCGAUGUUGACAGACAUGAAGCGACUCACUAUGGGGAUCUGGAGAAACCAUAUAAAUGUCAAUAUUGUGAAAAGAGGUUUUCACACAAAGAGAGCCAGAACAGACACGAGAAAACUCACUUUGAAGAUAAAACAUACAAGUGUCAGUAUUGUGACAAGGUUUUUGCACAGAGGGAAAGCCAAGUGAGACAUGAAAAAACUCACUCUGGAGAGAAGCCAUACAAGUGCCAAUUCUGUGACAGUUCAUUUUAUAGAAAGUUUAGCUUCGUAGAGCAUCAGAGAACUCACAGUGGGGAAAGACCCUACAAAUGUCUUUUCUGCUGUAAGACGUUCUCCCAGAAGGGAAGCAUGGCACAACAUGAGAAAACUCACACUGGAGAAAAACCUUACAAAUGCAGGUUCUGUGACAAGAGCUUUAUUCAAAAGUCAAAUUGUGCUAAACAUGAAAGAGUUCACACUGGUGAGAAGCCCUAUAAGUGUCAAUAUUGUGACACUGCAUUCUCACUGAAAAAUAAAUGUGUGUGGCAUGAAAGGACUCACACAGGUGAAAAACCCUACAAAUGCCAGUUCUGUGAGAAGUUGUUUUCUCAAAGGUCAAACUGUCUUAUGCAUGAAAGAAUUCACACUGGAGAGAAGCCUUACCAAUGUAAAUUCUGCGAUAGUGCAUUUGCUCGGAAGUUCACUCUUGUAGAACAUGAGAGGAUUCACACUGGAGAAAAACCAUACAAGUGCGAAUUCUGUGACAAGUCAUUUGCCCAGCGAGUUGUGUGGGAGAUGCAUGUAAAGAUUCACAGUGAUAACAAGCCAUAUAAAUGUCAGUACUGUGACAAAGCAUUCAUUCUCAACAUACGGAGGGUAAAACAUGAAAAGACUCAUAAAAAUGAGAAAUUACUGGAUUCAAACAAUAGAAAAAAAAUGGAUUCAAACAAUGAGAAAGAGAAAUCAUCUGCAAAUGUACAUGUUAAGGAUAAACCUCAGCAUGAUUCUAACCAUAAAAAGAAAUCUCACAUGGUCAUAAUCAAUAAAAAGAAAUCUAUUGAAAAUGCCAAUAGUAAAGAGAAAGCAGAAGGAGACGCGGCUACACAGCCUGAGUGAAU